GACCAGGUAUGGACGGCAGCAGCAGCGCAGGUAGCCGUCGUCGUGCCGUUCACCAAGCAAGACGAGCUCGACGACGUGCAGGUGUCCGAGCUGCGCGCCCUGUUCUUCAAGUUCGACGGGGAUCGCAAAGGCUCGGUGGCCUUCGCGCACGUCGACGAGAUACUGCGAGCCGCCGCCCACAUCGUCAUCGACCCGGAGUUCAAGAAGCGUGUCAAAAGCACCGCGCCCGCUACGACCUCAAGAAGAAGGUGCAGUUCCCGGAGUUCGUGGACAUGGUGCCGAAGUGCACGCGCGCCUUCAGCCCUCGGACGGACCUGCCCGACGCGUUCCGCGUGUUCGACCGCGAUGGCCACGGCUUCGUCACGACGGUCGAGCUGCGUCACGUGGUCACCACGCUGGGCGAGCGCAUGACCGACGAGGAGGCCGACGAGCUCGUCCGGGAGGCGGACGCCAACGACGAGGGCCACGUCGACUACGAGGAGCUCAUCAAGACCACCUCCACGCCACUCCCACCAGACCAGUACGUCAUGCCGCCCCGGAAGAGGCCUCCGCCGAGCACAGAACUGCAGCAGCCGGGCCCUGACAGUGUGACGCCAAAUGCGUCGGGCGAGCCAGCGGAGAGGGCGUCGGUGAGCGUGAUCUCCGAGCCGCAGCCCGCGGGUGGCGAAAUGGCCGCGGCGGUCGCCGAAGGCGGCAGCGUCAGGUCCGGCGAGACGUCGGCGCCUUCGUCCGAGACCCGCGGCGACGAAAAGUCCGGUUCGAAGAAAUACUCCGGUAAUGGAUCCACCUCGGGCUCUGGCAAAGGGUCCGCCUUGGCUUCCGGAAAGGGAUCCCCCUCCGCUUCCGGAAAGGGAUCCAAGAGUGGAUCUGCAGCCGGACCCAUGGAAGGAUCCAAAAAGUGGUCCAGGAAAGCGUCCGGCACCGGCGACAGUCCUGCCACUGUUUCUACUACCUGUGGCCCUCCCGUCCAGGCAGUCAUGCAGGAUGCACCCGCUGAGAAGAAGGACGGCGAGGUGGCCAACAAAUGACA